GUAGAGGCUAGUGCUAUCUUAAUCCAAACAACAAAUAAAACAGAAGAAGCAGAAGUAUGGUUAUGUUAUAUUUUGGUCCAUGUUUUGACUUUUUAACUUUUUAUUGAUAUUAUUUUAUUCAAAUAUGAAGCGAGCUCGGGAUAUUCUGGAAGAAAAUCCUAAUAUACAAAGGAGCGUGUCUUUGGUUGAACUGAACCCCGAGCCUAGUGGUUUAGCACUGGUUAACCCGAGAAAAGUUUCCAAAAAGACACACAUUGAGAUGAUGGAACUAGAAAGCCACUUAACUAAUGCAAACAGCCAUGUGGCAUCCAAUGCAAGGAAUAAAUUAGAAAUAAUUGGAAGACAGAUGAAAAAUCUACAAGAACUUAUGACCGAUGUUAUAAGGGAAACAAAUUUAAACCAUGAAUUGAAUGGUGCAGCCUGCAAUUUUGUGAAGAAGCCUGGAAAUGUUUACCACUUGUAUGAACGACCAUCAGGCCAAAAAUAUUUUGGAAUGCUGUCGCCAGAGGAGUGGAUAAACACCCCUCACAAGUUCCUUGGGAGUUAUCGAUUAGAGGCAGACUAUAGUUGGACCCCGGCUGGGGAUGAAGAAACUAGGCAUGAAGGAAUUAACUUCCUCAGGGAAAUUGUGAUGAAUCCCAAAAUGAAAUCAAUUAUGGACGUGACUAGCUGAUUUUAUAAUGACUAAUAAAUACUCUUUCUUAUCAUACUGUAAUGAAUAAUAUAUAAAUAAAUAGUAACAAUUUUAUUGUUUUAUAAAGAGUUGUUUUUUCAAAACAAAUGCAUUUUAAUAAAACAAUUUGAACACAAUUGGUACAAACAAAUGACAAACAUGUACCAAUCAGUUUUUUUUUCUACCAAUUCAAUUAUUCAACUUGUCUAUUUUCCCACUAUGUCACUUU